CGAUCCGCCAUAAUAGAAAAGAAGAAGAAGAAGGAUAUGACGUCAAUGACAGGGUUGCCUACCCGAACGGCAAGAUGCCAACGGCAGUUGUUUGUUAUUGACCGUUUAUUAUAAAGGUUAAUUUUAAAAAGCUAAAAAAAAUGUCGCUUUCAACAGCUCGCUCAUUCCUGUCCGAGGCUUGUUAUGGGGAACAGGAGCUGGAUGCUAACUCCGCUCUCAUGGAGCUGGAUAAAGGGCUGCGUUCGGGGAAGCUCGGAGAGCAGUGUGAAGCUGUGGUGUUGUUCCCCAAACUCUUCCAGAAGUACCCCUUUCCCAUCCUCAUCAACUCAGCCUUCCUGAAACUAGCAGACAUCUUUAGGCUCGGAAACAACUUUCUGCGUCUGUGUGUCCUGAAAGUAACACAGCAGAGUGAGAAGCAUUUGGAGAAGAUUCUCAAUGUGGAUGAGUUUGUUAAGAGGGUGUUUUCAGUCAUACAUAGCAAUGACCCCGUGGCCAGAGCCAUCACUCUGAGGAUGCUUGGUAGUCUGGCCUCCAUCAUCCCAGAGAGGAAGAAUGCCCACCACAGCAUUCGGCAAAGCUUGGACUCGCAUGACAAUGUGGAAGUGGAGGCUGCCAUCUUUGCUGCUGCAAGUUUCUCUGCACAGUCCAAAGACUUUGCUGCCGGAAUUUGUAACAAAGUCAGUGAAAUGAUUCAAGGUUUGGACACGCCAGUGGAUCUGAAGCUGAAGCUGAUCCCCAUGCUGCAGCACAUGCAUCAUGACGCCAGCCUGGCCUCCAGCAGCAGAGACCUGCUGCAACACCUGGUGAACUCCUACCCAUCAACCCCCAUGGUCAUCGUCUCACUGCACACCUUUACGCAGCUGGCUGCCUUCUCACUCAUUGACAUCCCCAAGCAGUUGCAGCUUCUCCUUCAGUACCUGAGAGACGAUCCCAGGCAAGCUGUAAAAAGACUUGCAAUAAAUGACUUGAAGCUCCUGGCUAGGAAGGCUCCUCACCUUUGGAUGAGGGAAAAUACUCAGACUCUGUGUGAGUGUGCGCUGACCAUCCCGUACAACAGUUUGAAACUUGGAAUGUUGGCGGUCCUCUCCACUCUGUCUGGGUCGAUAGCCAUCAAGCAGUACUUCAGCAAUGCAGCAGCCGGCUCUCCCGUCCCCCCUCGGCUUACUGACCUGGUUAAACUGGCGCAAGAAUGCUGUUACCACAGCAACCUGUCAGUUGCGGCUCAUGGGGUCGUUGUGCUUUCCAACAUUGCCGUUUCCUGUCCAGAAAAAGAUAUCAUCCAGCUGGAGCAGGACACGGUGUUGGGAGUGGAGUCACUUCUGAUGCUGUGCAGUCAAGACAGCAGCCCCAGUGCACAAGCCACUCUCAAAACUUCGCUCAAAUCGCUCGUUAAGCUGUUAAAAAACCGACCUCACCUUAGCCAGUCGGCUGUGGAGUUCCUUCUCGGCCAGCUCCACUUAUCCUGCGACUCUUCCCGCGUCCUCAUGUGCCAUGCUUUGGCAGCCAUAGCAACCCAUCUGCCUGUGCUGGGAGACGGCAUGCUGGGAGAUCUGGUUGAUCUCUACCAGGUGGCCGGCCACUCCUCCACUGCCGAGCAGCAGGAGCUUCUGGUUUCUUUGGCAACAGUGAUAUUUGUUGCAAGCCAAUCAUCUCUGUCGUCUGAAGUGAAGACGGUCAUCAAACGGCAGCUGGAGAAUGUUGCCAAUGGCUGGACGGUCUAUCGUAUCGCACGGCAGGCGUCGCGCAUGGGAUGCCACGAGUUCUCCAGCGAGCUCUACCAGUGUCUUCGUACCCGUGUAGCUUCGGAGCAUUUUUACUUCUGGCUGAACAGCCUGAAGGAGUUUUCCCAGGCAGAGCAAUGCUUGAGCCACGUGGAGGAGGGGGACUACAGCGGGGCCAUGAGCGCCAUCGCGGAGGCCCUGCGCUCCUACCAAAAGGGCAUCGCCUCCCUCACUGCUGCCAGCACUCCUUUGAGCCCACUCACAUUCCAGUGUGAGUUCAUUAAGCUGCGCAUUGACACUCUGCAAGCCCUGUCCCAGCUGAUCUGUACCUGUAACAGCCUUAAAACCAGCCCUCCGCCUGCCAUCGCCACCACUAUCGCUCUCACAUCAGGGAAUGACGUCCAGCGCUGUGGGCGCAUCUCAGUGCAGAUGAAGGUCUGCAUGGACGAGUUCAGAGGUCUUGCCGCUCGCUACGCUGACCUGCACCAGUCCUUAUUCGAUGCAGAUUAUGCUACCCUUCGCAACGUGGAGCUACAACAGCAGAGCUGCCUGCUGGUCUCCCAUGUAAUCGAAGCUUUGAUAUUAGACCAACAGGUGGGCAGUUUUCAGGAGUACGGCACAUCGGGCUCUGUUCAGACGGAGAGCGAGUAUGAGCGACGGAUGAUGUCGGUUUUUAACCAUGUGCUCGACGAGGUAGAGGGACUCUCCAAGAAACACCCUCCUGUUUCACAUCUGCACACCAAUUGUCUUUGUGACGCGGUCAUAGCCUUGUUGAAGGUGCCAUUGUCUUUCCAGAGAUAUUUCUUCCAAAAGCUCCAGUCAACCAGCAUCAAGCUCGCUCUUUCUCCAUCACCACGAACUCCAAGUGAGCCCAUCCCGGUUCAAAACAGUCAGCAGCUGACUUUGAAGGUGGAGGGAGUGGUACAACAUGGAUCCACCCCGGGACUCUUCAGGAAGAUCCAGUCUGUUUGCCUAAAUGUUACGUCGGUUCUACAGACCAAGACGGGGCCUGAUUACAAAAUACCACUUGAUAGUAAAACCAAUGAGAUCGAGCAGCGGGUGGAACCUCACAAUGACUACUUCAGCACCCAGUUUCUGCUAAACUUCUCCAUCCUGGGCACCCAUGUGGUAACCGUGGAGGCGUCUGUAGUGGAUGAGAGCGGGAUCGAGUGGAAGACGGGGCCAAAGACGACGGUAUCGGUCAAAUCCCUGGAAGAUCCUUACUCCCAGCAGCUCCGCCACCAGCUGCAGCAGGGUGGAGCUCAACCUGCCCCACAAAGGAGCUCAUACAUUCGCUUUUAGUCAAUAUGUUCAGUUUUCUUUUUGUUUUUUUUUUACUUUUUUGAACUCAUGUCAUGUACAAAUAAAUAUGUUUACUUUUUCCCCA